ACCACUGUACACACACCAUUACUAUCUGAUAACCACCAUUGCUUCCCAGAACACUCCACGCCACAGCCACCACACCACCACACCACAACACCCACGUGCUGCCUGGCUGAUACACCAAACAACACCUCUCCCCAACCACCACACACCCCGUGUCCGACACAACAGAACAAUAGAAACAUGAGUGAUAUUGUGCCUCACAGUAGGCCUUAGAACUUUUCUGUGGCAUUGUUGAUCUCCUACAAAAACUUGACUAUGAGGAAAUAGAAGAAAUUCGGCGCUUGAGAUUACCACGUACAGUACUACGGGAUCGCAGUGACCCAAUGGUAUACCUCACGGAAGAGGAAUUCAUCCAAAGGUAUCGACUAUCAAAGGAUGGCGUAAGGGAUGUGCUUGAAGAGAUCACACCCUACUUGGGAAGAAUACGAGAUGGAAGAGGAAGUAGUGUGCCGCAGUACCUGCAGCUUCUUGUGUCGCUUCGCUACAUGGCGACAGGAAACUUCCAAAUCACGCUCUCAGAUUGUGCAGAGAUGUCGGCAGCAUCCGUUUGCAGAUUUGUGAGGCGUAUUGCAACAGCAAUUGCCUCAACUGCCCCACGCCACAUACACUUCCCUGAUCAUCAAGAGACUUAUGCCAUUGUCAAUGAAUUCUACAGGAUUGCUCAACUACCUGGAGUAAUUGGCUGUGUUGAUGGAACUCAUAUAAAAAUCAAAAGUCCUGGGGGGGAUGAUCCUGAACAGUACCGCUGUAGGAAGGGAUUUAUGUCCCUAAAUGUGCAGGGUGCAUGUGAUGCAAAAUUAAGGUUUACAAAUAUUGUAUGUAGUUGGCCUGGUUCCACACAUGAUGCAAGAAUUUUUGAAAAUUCCAGAAUUUACACAAAGCUUGAACAGGGAGGAUAUUCUGGGCAUCUGUUGGGUGACAGUGCAUACCCAUGUACUCCUUUUAUACUAACUCCAAUACUAAAUCCUAGAAAUGAAAAAGAAGAGAGAUACAAUGCAGCACACAUUAGAACUAGGAAUACUAUAGAAAGGGCUUUUGGUGUGUGGAAUAGAAGAUUUGGAAUCCUAAGUAUUCCAAUGCAGACCAAGCUUGGUACCACAAAGCUUAUUAUCAUGGCAUGUGUUAUAUUGCAUAAUAUUGCUAUUUCAAGGCGGUAUCCACUUGUAGAUGAGCCAUGCUGCCCAGAAGGCAAUGACGACAAUGAUGUUAAUGAGGUUAGACAUGCUGCUGCUGCUGCUGCUGCUGACGAUGAAGAUGAUGAUGAUAUAAAUGGUGGUGAAAUGGCAGUUGAUGGUGCUGAGGGGGGUGCUAACAAGAGACGGUUGCUUAUCGAAAGGUGGUUUUAGGCCAGGGGUGGCAGGGAAUGGCUGUUGGAUUUAACAUUCUGAGUAGAACUCUACCAGUUUGUGCUAUAUCACAAUAGUUUAUGAUCUUUUAUUGAUAAACUUUCCAUCUCUGUUCUUUCAAUGUAUAUUUAUGUGUAUAAUUUCUAAGUGGAAGAUGACAUAUACAGAGAAAUGUACACCUCAAUGGGCAAUGUAAUGUUUUUAUGUUUGGUUGUGUUGUGGAGAUACAAUUAAAAUGUACAUGUAUAAAAUAAAAUAACAAUGCUACACUACAAGAUA